AUGUUAUUAAUAUAUCAAAUUGAAGGUUGUAUUUCAACUGGUAAAGAGGCCAAUGUAUAUCAUGUAAUUUCUAUUAUUGAUCAUUUCACAAAUCAAUCAAAACCCAUCAGUUUAGCAUUAAAGAUUUAUAAAACUUUGAUUUUAGUUUUCAAAGAUAGAGAUAGAUAUAUGAAAGGUGAAUUUAGAUUUAGACAGGAAAUGAACAAGAUGGUUGUAUUCAAGGUGGAUGCUCAUUUACGUAACCUUGGUCAAGGAUUGGAAGGAUUGUAUUGGGAGUUGAGAUUUAUGUAUCAACAAUGUAAAUUGGUACAUGCCGAUCUUAGACUUAGUGAAUACAACAUUCUAUAUAAUCAUGGUCAUCUUUAUAUUAUUGAUGUGUCUCAAUCAGUCAAACCUGAUCAUCCAUCAUCUUUUGGUUUCUUACAAUCAGAUUUAACAAAUGAAGACCAAUUAUUUUUGACAUGA